UGCCCUUUGUCCCGCGAGCUCAGCUUCGUAUCCGACGGAAGCCGCGUCGCGCGCAGGCCGCCAUCUUGGACAGACAGACAGCUGAGGCAGGAACCGCGGAUCCGCUGCCAGAGCCGGGCAAAACACACUCAAAACCCCCCAAAAACUAGCCACAAUGGCCACCGCUCCGUACAACUACUCCUACAUCUUCAAAUACAUCAUCAUCGGAGACAUGGGAGUAGGAAAGUCAUGUUUGCUUCACCAAUUCACAGAAAAGAAAUUCAUGGCAGACUGCCCCCACACGAUCGGCGUGGAGUUUGGCACCAGGAUCAUUGAGGUCAGCGGCCAGAAGAUCAAGCUGCAGAUCUGGGACACGGCGGGACAGGAGCGCUUCCGGGCCGUCACACGCAGCUACUACAGGGGGGCAGCGGGGGCCCUCAUGGUCUACGACAUCACCAGGAGAAGCACGUACAACCACCUGAGCAGCUGGUUGACAGACGCACGCAACCUGACCAACCCCAACACGGUCAUCAUUCUCAUAGGUAACAAGGCCGACCUGGAGGCCCAGCGGGACGUCACGUACGAGGAGGCCAAGCAGUUUGCAGAGGAGAACGGUCUUUUGUUCCUGGAAGCCAGUGCAAAAACGGGGGAGAAUGUGGAGGAUGCCUUCCUGGAGGCGGCGAAGAAGAUCUACCAGAACAUCCAGGAUGGGAGUCUGGACCUGAACGCAGCCGAGUCGGGGGUGCAGCACAAGCCCUCGGCCCCGCAGGGCGGCCGGCUCACCAGCGAACCACAGCCCCAGAGGGAAGGGUGUGGCUGCUAAUGACCUCCGACCCCCGACCCCUGCCACCAAGAGCCCGCCCCUCCGGCUGAGGGCGGUGUGUUUGGGGUCCACAGGGACUGAAUGAGGGGCGAGCUACGUAAAUGGCUCGUCCCUCCUUCCGCUACCCCCCCCCUCCCUG